AAACCAACACCCGUUCGUCUGCGUGCGUACCACACUUGAUUUUUUGAUAUUUUUCUUGUUUGCUUGUUUGUUUCUUUUUCUUUUUCUUUUUCCAUUUCAAUUAACAUCUGUCAUUCCCAAUUCCAGAAUCAAACCCACCAAAAGAUUCUAAAUUCAUCCAUUCCUUUUCCCAAUUAUAAACCCAUUUUCCCAGUUCCCAAAUUUCAUGCCCUCCAAUCUUGCUGGGUGGAUCCACCCUUCUGCUAUUCUCUUGGAUUUCUGUUGUGGGAUUUUCCAGACGUAGGAAGGCGAAGUCGUUUGACUUUUUUGAAGCCAGAAGUUUAGGUUUGAAAACAGGGGAUGGAAUAAUUUGUUGAAUUUUCAGGCAAUGUGGCGGAAGGUUCGGUGAGAGAUUACUGUGAUUUGGGUGCUCCGAGAUUGAAGCUUUUCUCUUGGUGUUUCAUGGGAUAUAUUGGGUUUCAAGGGAUUUUGGUUUUGAUGGAGAUGAGAUUAUUGGUUGAAACGAUUUUGUUCUUGAUCGAUCUUCACAGCUUUGAUUAGCUCUCGCUUAAGAAAGAAGAGUUUCUGUUUCUCUGUUUCUGUUGCUUCCCGUUUUCUUAAUUGUUGAAUUGGGGUUCUAGAGCUGUAUGAUUCGGUCUAAUUUAUCUCAGAAUUACCCUUUUGAAUUCAAGCUUUCUCCUCAGCUGGUGAAGCAUAACAAGAAAACCAAAAAAGUUUUUGGGUACGAGAUUGAUUAGUUUCUUUUUUUUUUUCACCCUUUUGAAAAACUAUGGAGGAAGAUGCUAAUUCUUGGUUAAGAAGAACCAAGUUUUCUCACACAAUAUGUUAUCGUUUAGAGUCCUUAAAAUUGACUUCCUUUCCUGUGGCCACUCAGCCACCACUCAAAUCAGUUGCUCAAUCAAGAUCUACCCUUCCUUAUAACCUAUCAAAGCAGAGAUCUUUAUCUCCUCCUCCACAAACUACACUCUCCAAUGCAUUUAUGGAUGCACGUAUCGAUCAGAAGCGAUUUUCGACUCCACAGCCUCAGAGGAAAGAACCUACAAAAGAGAAGGGUAAAAGGCUAUUCAGUAAAAACAAUAAGGUCCGGAAUUCCCUAAAGGAAGAGAAGUUAAAAGGGCCUUUGAGGCAUCUUGUCUCUUUCAAAGGCAAUGAGAAGUUCAAAUUCAAGGAGUCGUGGGCCAAGUUCGGUGGAGGGAAGGUCACUGCUGUUGAAGCUGAAGAUGAAUCGUCUAUCGACUUGUCUAAGUUGAUGUUUGGACAUAGAUUUGCUUUUGGAGCUCAUAGUCGGCUUUACCGUGGAAUUUAUGAAGAUAAAGUCGUUGCUGCUAAGAUGAUCAAUCUACCAGUCAAUGACGAAAAUGGCGAUCUCACAUGUCGCUUAGUAAAGCAAUUUAGUAGGGAAGUAACCCUUUUAUCUCGUCUCCAUCAUCCCAAUGUUAUAAAGUUAGUAGCAGCUGUGAAAAAGCCACCCGUUUAUUUGAUCAUCACUGAGUAUCUACCUCAGGGUUCCUUGAGGGCAUAUCUUCACAAACUUGAGAAAAAGUCUCCCCCACUUCAAAAACAAAUUGCCAUUGCCUUAGACAUUGCUCGUGGGAUGGAAUACAUUCACUCGCAAGGUGUCAUUCAUCGGGAUCUCAAACCUGAAAACAUUCUUAUUGAUCAAGACUUUUGUCUAAAGAUUGCCGAUUUUGGCAUUGCUUGUGAGGAGGCACAUUGUGAUACACUGGCCGAGGACCCCGGUACUUUUCGUUGGAUGGCCCCUGAGAUGAUCAAACGUAAACCCUACGGAAGAAAAGUUGAUAUCUACAGCUUUGGACUUAUCCUAUGGGAAUUGGUAGCUGGAAAAAUCCCUUAUGAGGAAAUGACUCCCAUCCAAGCAGCUUUUGCAGUAGUAGAUAAGAAUAUUAGACCGGUCAUCCCGAGCGAGUGUCCACCAGUGAUGCGGGCAUUAAUCGAGCAAUGUUGGUGCGAUAAACCGGAAACGAGGCCGGAGUUUUGGCAGGUGGUGAAAGUGUUAGAGCAACUCGAGAGUUCUGUUGGGGAAGAUGGUACAUUGAUGAUGAAUGUAGAGCUAGAGUUAGAGAAGAAGCCAAGUUGGGAAGAUCACAAGAAAGGUCUAAAGCAUUGGAUACAGAAGCUUGGUCCUCUUCAUUCUCAUAAUUCUCUCACCUCCAGAGCUAAAUUCAUAUGAUUCUUUCUCUGCACUUUUUCCUUUUCUUGAAAAUAUCACAUUCACUCCCAGGUUCAAUGUAGAUAAAAAGGAAAAAAAACACUUUUGCAGUUUUUUGGUUCAUUUGUUUUUGUUUCUAACAUUCACGUGACUGAAAUGAAUACGAUACGUUUCUGAAGGGGGGAAAAAUCAAAGGCUUGAAAUGGAUUGGAAUUCUCUCCCAAUCUGUAAAUUAAAGAUGAAAUUUAGUAGUGCUUUGUUGGUU